AUGCUUCAGCAACCAACUUCUUUAAGUCUUGCACUAACUUACAAUCUUCCAGAAAGUUACCAAAAUUUUGAUGAAAAUGAAUCAUAUGCAAACUAUUCUUAUUGGCAAGGUCCUGAUAUUUCCAAUGUAACCGGAGAAGUUAUCGCGGUUUUAGAUCAAGCCGGAAGCUUUGGAAUUGUAUAUGGAAAUUCAUCUGAUGGUGCAGUUUAUGUUUAUAAGAAUGAUAAUGAUGAUGCAGGUUUAGCUUCUGCAAUUCAUCAAUCUACACCGUUAACCGUUCUUAGGAGACUGACACUCGAAGAGAAUGGAAAUCUGAGGUUAUACCGAUGGGAAGACGUAAAUGGAUCGAAACAAUGGGUGUCACAGUGGGCUGCAGUUUCAAAUCCAUGUGAUAUUGGUGGAAUUUGUGGUAAUGGAGUAUGUAAAUUGGAUAAAACUAAGACUAAUGCUUCUUGCACUUGUUUACCAGGAACUUCUAAACUAGGAAGAGAUGGACAAUGUUAUGAGAAUUCAUCUCUGGUUGGAAAAUGUACUAAUGGAAAAAACGAAAACAAGACAUCGAGUUUUAGAAUUUCGACAGUGCAACAAACUAAUUAUUAUUUUUCUGAAUCUUCAAUAAUAGCUAAUUAUAGUGAGAGUGAUGUUUCUUCUGUAUCAAAAUGCGGCGAUGCAUGUUUGUCCGAUUGUGAUUGUGUUGCUUCUGUUUAUGGACUAAAUGAAGAAAGACCUUUUUGUUGGGUGUUGAGGAGUUUAAGUUUCGGCGGUUUUGAAGAUACGAGCUCUACUUUGUUUGUGAAGGUUCGAGCAAAUAGUUCAUGGACACCAGAAGGACAAGAGGGAAGGUCUAAUAACAGUUCUUCUGAUGGAAUGGGGAGUGCUAAGGAAAAGGCUGUGAUUAUUCCAAUUGUUCUAGGCAUGAUAGUUCUCAUUAUUUUACUCACUAUGUUACUGUAUUACAGUGUUCAUAGAAAAAGAACUUUGAAAAGAGAGAUGGAAUGUUCAUUGGUCUUAUCAGGUGCUCCAGUGAAUUUUACUUACCGCGCUUUGCAGAUCAGGACAAGUAACUUUUCGCAGCUUCUAGGAACAGUUGGAUUUGGAAGUGUGUAUAAAGGAAGCUUAGGAGAUGGUACCUUAGUCGCGGUGAAGAAACUUGAUAAGAUUUUGCCUCAUGGAGAGAAAGAAUUUAUCACCGAAGUAAACACGAUUGGCUCAAUGCAUCAUAUGAAUUUGGUUCGUUUAUGUGGUUUUUGUUCUGAGGGACCUCAGAGGCUUUUAGUUUAUGAGUUCAUGAAGAAUGGUUCAUUGGAUCAGUGGAUCUUCCCUUCGAUUCGAGGACCAGAUAGAUUGCUCGAUUGGCAAACUCGUUUUGAUAUAGCCAAAAAUACUGCACAAGGGAUUGCAUACUUUCAUGAGCAGUGUAGAAACAAGAUAAUACAUUGUGACAUCAAGCCAGAAAAUAUAUUGUUAGAUGAAAACUUUUGUCCCAAGGUAUCUGAUUUUGGACUUGCUAAAUUGAUGGCAAGGGAACAUUCUCAUGUGGUAACAAUGGUAAGAGGCACUAGAGGCUAUUUGGCACCAGAAUGGGUUAGUAAUCGACCGAUAACCGUAAAAGCAGAUGUUUACAGCUAUGGAAUGCUUCUUUUCUUAUUUUUUUGGUGUUUUGUUUAG